AUGCAGUAGCCAAAAUAAUAAUAGUUAUCAGUAUAGGCUCAAAAAGAAAGAGGUAGGAUUGUAUUGCAUCUUAGAUCGUUUAAAGGCUUAACGUGAAGGAUAAUUAAAUAAAAAAGAACAGGCUUUGAAUAAAUUAAGUGAUGAAGAAGUAGUCGCAUAACUUAAAGCUAAAGGGUUAGGUGUAUAUGGAACAAAGCAAGAAAAACUAGAAAGAUUAAAGAAGGCAAAUGGUAUUGAUAUUUUUAAUCUUUUCAAAGGGAUUGAAGUAAGCAAAUGCGAAUCGGCACCAUAACAAUAACAAGCACCUGUUUUCUAACCACCAUAACCUCCAAAAGGCUCUGUGGUUGAUAAUAUAAAGAAAAUGGAAUAAUAAAGGGAGGAACGUAGAAAAAAUAUGUAAGAAAUGAAGAGGGAAAAGGCUGAAAGAGAAGAGUAUAAUUAAAUAUUAGGUAAAAAUGUUGAUAUAGAAUUUGAAUUGAUGAUUGAUAAAAGCAGACUUAAAGGUGGAUNUUAUAAGAAAAGUAGUAAAAAUCACUUUUUAUAGUAAUGGCUUCCUCUUUUACUACAAUUAAAACUCCUAAUAUUUUUAUUCUAAUAUGUUGUCUUUGAAUUAUAAAGUAUACUUAUUUAACAUAAGAAAUUAUAAAUAAUAAAAUCGAAAGUUUAAUUGCUUAAAUUGCAAAAUUGUAAAAAAAUAUAUGAUGAAAUUAUUUAUUAGAACCUAAGAAGCGAAUAAAUUUUAAUAAUAAAAAAAAUCUAUAUAUUUUUAUCAAAAUUUUACCUAUAUAGAUAAUUUUUAACACAUUUUUAAUUUUUUAAAGUUAAGCACUAUCAAAUCCAAAUAGUCAAAAACCAAAAAAAAUAAAAACAAUCAUAUAUAAUUCUUUAUUGA